AUCCGUGUGCAUAAAUCAGACCGUGUGCAUUUUUGCACAAGGAUUGAAAAGCGGUUUUUUCCGUUGUGUUGCAAGAAAUAAUUUGAUUGACAUUAUGGGAUAAUAAGGUUUCUGGACAUUAUCAUUAGUACCAUGUAAAGGUUUGCACACCUACGACUGCUAUUUAGCGCAGGAAAGUUCUCGAAAGCUGUCAGUUUCAGUGAAGAAAUUUAGAAAAACAUCAAGUAUGAGCGCUACUGAAGACCUAAUUGCUGCAGCUGGAAAAAUGUCUCUCGAUGAGAWGAAAUUAAGCAUUUCUAGUUCCUCCUCCUCUGGGACUUCGCACUGUCCUUGCUCUCACAUGAAACCCCAAAUGUUCGGUUGUUACCCCCCACCGCCGUUCAUGUUCCCUCAAUGGGGCGCAUUUUACUGCCCUCCACCCCCUUGUUACUUCAACAUGCCCCCAAAAUGUUGCCAGCAUCUUCCCUGUUGUGCUAAGAGCAAAAAAGCUGAAGAAUCCAAAGAAUGCGAGUGUUGCAAGGAAGGAAAGUGCGAAUGUUGCAAAAGCGGCAAAGAAUGUGGGGCGAAGGAUCGGAAGGAGAGCACCAAGAGUGACAAAAGCGAAAAAGAGGAUGAAGAAGGCGACGAAGAAGAAGAAGGAGGAGAAGAAGAAGAGGAAGAUGAGUAGUUUUGAAUGUCAUUUGUAGUUGCAUAUUGUUCAAAUAAAUAAAAGUCAGUUUGUAAAAAACAUAUAUUCAGAUCAAUGACUAACAAAUUUCCAACGUUAUGACGAUAAAACUAUUAGGUACGAAAUAUUUGGUAUUAAAUUAAUUAGUGAUUAAAGGGCUAAACUAAGGUAUCUAACAAUUCUUUGGUAUGCGAGUAAUAGGGACUACAACUGUCUUGGUUGUGCCUCUGCCUCCUGGUGCUGAACAUCAGCGCUUGCAACAUCUCGUGCUCCUGCUCUUCAUUAGCUAAAUCUCUGUGGAGAUUCUCCAAAUAAUGCCUCCUAUUGAGCAACAUCUCCGUCGUUUCCUCCAAAACCACCUCAUUAUGUUGCAUUUCGCAAGCACUUUUCGUCAUUUCCGUCCUCAAAUUAGUGAGAGCUUUCGUCAAGUCUUCCGUGCUGGUUUUGUGCUUGUCAUACUUCCUUAGAUUCGCAUCUAGUCUCACUAAACACUCUUCUUCCUUGAGAAGACGUUUGUUUAAUUUCGCUAUUGACUCGAAAAGUUCAACUUGUUCCCUAAUUGUCGCUUCGCUGACUGUUGAACUCGUCUCGUCGUCUUUGAUGUCUUUGCUGAAGUCUUCCGAUGAGGGGGAAAAACGCUCGAGCURAAAGAACUUAAUGUUAGGAGAGAGAAAAAGUGGAAUGAGGGAAUAACUCACUUCCGGAGGUCGUGUC